AUGGCUCGUCUCAGCGGCCUGCCCAGUGAGCACCACCACGAGGGGCCCGGUGACGCGCCACGACGCAGGCGGGGCCGCCCAUCGAAGAGCAGCCAGAGCACCCAGGAAGAGACGACAGUGACCACCACAGCCAAGCGCACCGCCUCGCCCCUCGCGUCGCAGACCAAGCGCACAAAACGCGUGCAGACCAUCAUCGAGGAAGACGACGACGACGAUGACGGCGCUUUGCAGCUCGAAGCAGAGUUCAUGCAAUCCGUCUCGCGCACGCAGCACACCGACGCCGUCCCCACCCAAGUGCAGUCGUCGCCCAUUGUACGCCGCGCACGCCGCUUUUCCGAGCCUGUCGUGACCGCUCACGACGACAACAACGACGACGACGACGACAUUUUCGCCGGACCCUCAACACAGCCUCUCGCGGGCCUGACACCACAUCUCGACCGUCUCGGUGCAGCCCGCGGCAAAUUCGCCAGCCGCCGCCGCGAGCGCAUGUCUAUGCCCGCGCAGCUGCACGUCGAGCGCGUCGACGAUGCCGACCUCAACGGCCACCGCUUUCAGUACGCGCCCCUCACAGCCGUGCUCGACGGUCGCACUCGCCGCCGCCUCCGCCGCAGCCACCUAAGCCAGGAGGUCAACGACAUCGAGGACGACAAGAAGCGGGGCAAGAAGCAGCUGCUGGAACUGCGCCGCGAGCUGAAGAAGCGCGACGACAAGAUCAAGGACCUCGAGUUCCGUCUCGAGGCAAGCCGCAUGGGUAACAUCCAGAUGAGCGACGCCGACCACGACGACCUUGCCCAGCAGCUAGAAGAUGCACGCAAGGAGCUCGACGAGCUUCGCAACACCGACGCUUACAUGGGCACUAGCGACCGCGAACUUAGCCGUGCCCUCGAUGGCUCCGCCGAACCAUUCGACGACGACGACGACGACGACGACGACGACGACGACGAUGAGCUUCUGCUGGUCCACCCCGAGGAUCUCCACCUUUCCCAAGACCUCGAGAUGGAGGACGCGCCGAACGGACGCUUCGCCUCGCGCGUGUUGGAGCUGUCGCAGGAGGUCACACUCGAGCAGCUGCCCACCUUCAGCCAGUUGCAUGUCGACACUCUGCACGAUGACGACGAUGUCGUGCCCGACAGCAUCUCCGACCAGGCUGUCGAGCGAUACGAGCGCGAGAUCCAGCAGCUGACGGUCCAGGUCGCUCAGUCGGUUGGUGCUCUGCGCGUCAUCACCAUCGAGCUUCAGAACCUUGGCUUCCUCGAGAAAGGGUCCGAUGCUCGCGAUGUUUUGGUCGCUAUGCGCAACGGCUUCGGUGAUCUGCGUGCCGCCGUCGAGAAGUUCUUCCCCAACGAGACCGAAGGCAUCACGAACGAGCAACUUCUUCAGAAAGUCCCCAAGCUUUUCAGCGGCAUCUUCUACGAGCUGCGCGAGAAGACCGAGCUUGCUGCUAGCUCGCAGCACACGGAGGUCCUGUUGCGCCGCCAGUAUGAAGGCGUCUUGGACUUGCUCGGCGAGGCUGAGGAGCGCAAGGCGGAGCUCGACAAGAAGGUCUACAUGCUCGACAAGAGCAACGAAGACAAGCAGCGCACCAUUGUCGAUCUCGAGGAGCGCGUGCAAACUUUGACCGAUCUGACAGAAGACCAGGAGGCGGAGCUGAGACAGAAGGACCUGCAGAACGACACACUGGUCGAGCAGGUCGACAACAAGGACACCAACCUAGAACGCCUCCGCGAGGCGCUCGACAAAUACCGCACCGACCUCGACACGCUCACUCGCACGACUGCCGAAGUGGAGACCGAAUAUCAAGAGCGCAUUGUGCGGAUGGAGGGAGAGCAUGCAGACAUCGUCGCCGAUCUCGAGGCUCAGCUCGGCGCAGAGCGGGAGGGUCGUGAGACUGCCGAGGAUGAGGCUGCUCAGAAGACCGACUUCAUUGAAGAGUUGCAAGGUCGUGUUGACCAGAUGGAAGCCGACUUUGGCUCAAUCCACACAACGCUGGCGGAUCUGCGUGAGAAGCUGGCCCUCGAGACAGCAGCCCGUUCUACUGCUGAAACUGAGCGCGACGAACAAGUCGAGCUGGUAUACCAGCACACCAACACCAUCGAGAACCUCACCGAGACGAUCGCGGACCUCACUGAGCAGCUCGAGGUUGCCAAAGCCAACAUCAUCGCCGAGCGCGAGCAGCGCGAGACUACUGAGGCCGCCUUGGACGAAGCCAACAUGCAAAUCGAGGGUCUCGAGGACCGUGUCCACCAGCUGGGUGUUCAAGCCAACGAGCUGCGAUCCAAGCUUUUCCAAAUCCAGCAAGAGAAGGAGCAGGAGAUUGCUGACCUUACCGCUGCGGCUCAAGAGCGUGAAGAGGAGCUUACCGAGCAGCUGGCUACUGAGCAGGAGCUGCGCGAGGGUGCCCAGCAGGCUAUUGCUGAUCUGGAGAAGCAGCUCGCGGCGCUUCAGGAGACUCUGGCAGCCUCCGAGGCGGAUCUUGCCAAGAUGACCGAGGCUCGUGACCAGCUCGAGGAGGACCGUGAGAUUCAAGUCAGCAACAUCAGCAACAACCUUGUCGAAUCAGAGGCGAAGCGUGCCGCACUUGAGAGCUCGACCAGCUCGGAAAUCACCUCCCUCGAGGCACAAAUCACGGACCUCACCAACGAGAACGCUCGUAAGCAGGCUGAGGUUCAGCGCCUUGCUGAGCGCCUUGUUGAGGCCGAGCAGAACUACGAGCAGGAGAGCACUACCCUCAACGCCAACAUCGAACGCCUUGAGCGCGAUCUUGCCGAAGCGCAAGCAGACAACGAAGCAUACCGUAAGGAGAAUGAGUCGUUGUCUGACCGCGUUGGCCGUGAGGCAGUCGAGCUGCUGAGCAUCACCAACUCGCACGCCGACGAAACCGGUGCUCUCAAGGUUGUCAUUGCAACGCAACAAGACACCAUCUCCGAACUGCAAAACCAGGCUGCAACGCGCGCCACCGAGCACGAGAGCAUCCUCUCCGACAAGGACCUCCAGAUCGAAGAACUGCACCUCCUGGUCGACGACCGCGCAGAGAAGCUCGUCCAAGUCGAGGCCGCCCGCCUGGAUGUUGUCAAAGAAUUCGCCAAGUUUGAGCAAGACACGCGCGAGACCAUCGACCGCAUGACGCUGCAGCAGCGCGUCCUCCAAGAGCAAAACGAGGCGCUUGCCGAAGACCUCAAGAAGCGCGGCGCCAGCGCCGUCGCCGCCGUGCGCGCCAUGAAGAUCCAGGGCCUCGAGGUCAAGACCAAGGGCGUGGAUCUGCACCGCGUGGCGACAGGCAAGGUGGGCAAGGUCAGCGAGAAGGUCAAGGUGGGCAAGAAGACCAAGGGCAUCAAGAAGGUGGCCAAGAGGCAGUGGGACAGCGGGUUCGGCGUCGACGAGAACGUCGAAGAGGAAAUCGACGGCGCUGAGGUUGGUGAGGCUGCUUGA